AUGAAUCUCCGCCAAAUUGCUCUCACGCUCUGGGCUCUAUGUCCAUCCCUGACUCCAGAUGCCCCUGCGAGUAACCACAGGAAGAAAAUAAUAAUCGACACCGAUCUCUUCUCUGAUGUCGACGACGUCGGCUCACUCGCCAUUGCCAACGUCUUGCACAACUGCCAUGUUGCCGGACUAGCCGGUGUCAUCAUUAACACGCCGUCGAAAUACGGCGCGUUGGCCGCCAGUGUCGUCAAUACGUACUUUGGUAACCCUGACAUACCCAUAGCAGCCAUCCGCCCAUUGACUGAGGAGACAUUUGUAGACACCUGGGACUUCCUCCGAGGCGAAUAUGCCUCAAGAUUAGCUUACAACUGGCCCCGGUCUCUCAACGAUUCAUCCACCACCCCAACUCCAACCUCUCUCUACCGCUCCAUCUUAUCCUCAUCGAAAGACCACAGCGUAACCCUCAUCUCCCUCGGCAUCCUCACCAACCUCGCCGCAUUGCUCAGGACCCCUUCGGAUUCAGUCUCCCCCCUCGCCGGCCCAGCCCUCAUCUCCGCAAAGGUGAAAGAGCUCGUCAUCAUGGGAGGCCAGUACCCCUCCGGUCGAGAGUUCAACUUCGCUGGCAUCGACCCCGAGUCCACGCACCACGUCGUCAACAACUGGCCCCGGGACGUGCCCGUCACCUACGUCGGGUUCGAACUCGGUAGGGACGUCUUCUCCGGCGCGGCUCUGGCGACGGACGCGCCGCCGGACUCGCCUGUGCGGGCAGCGUACGAGUGUUACAAGGUGCCAUAA